AUGACACCGACGUUCUCAGUGCUAAGCUGGACGAGGUCGUGCAGUUCGAACUGGCCGACGUUGUUGACGCCCGAGCCAACUUCGGCUGCCUCUCGCACGUCCUUGGUGAAGACGUCGACCUCUUGCAUGCUCAAAUCACUCAGGAACGUCACGAUGUCGUCUUGCACCUUGACGACCAUACCCGUCUCGUCGACAUUCGAUCCGGCCAUGACCUUGAUGUGGUCUCCGGGGGUGAAGCGUUUGCGCACACUCUUAGCCGGGACCUCGACCUUGGCGUCCCCGAGGUCAAGAUCGGCAUGUGGUGCGAUCGUAAUGACGUCGUUCAAGACGGUCUCGAUCGUACCGUACAUUCCCUUCUGGUCACCUUCGAUGAUGUCGACAUGGUCACCAGGUUGCAAAAUCGACUUGCCCGACGACUCAGCGACACCCGAGAGGUCGAUCGCUUGCACCUCGCCGUCGACGCCCUUGCGAUCGUUGA